UCUCCCCUCCCCCUCCCCCCUCAUCUCCGCGGCAGCGCCAUCACCUCCCCCACCCACCGAGAGCGAGCAGGCGAGCGAGCGAGCGAGCGUCAAGUGAGGCGAAUCGCGGCGGUUCCUCCUCACUCGCUGAGCGCCAGAGUCACCGUCAGGGCUCAACUCGGACAGUAGAGUGCGAGAGCGAUCGGCUUCCCUCCCCCCUCUUCCCAUCCGCCAUGGACAAGAACGAGCUGGUGCAGAAGGCCAAGCUGGCCGAGCAGGCCGAGCGCUACGAUGACAUGGCGACCUCGAUGAAAGCCGUGACCGAGCAGGGCCUGGAGCUCUCCAACGAGGAGCGCAACUUGCUCUCGGUCGCCUACAAGAACGUGGUGGGGGCCCGCCGCUCCUCCUGGAGGGUCAUCUCCAGCAUCGAGCAGAAAACCGAGAGCAACGAGAAGAAGCAGCAGAUGGCCCGGGAGUACCGGGAGAAGAUCGAGGCCGAGCUGCGGGACAUCUGCAACGAUGUGUUGGGUCUUCUUGAUAAAUACUUGAUUGCCAAUGCUAGUUCUCCAGAGAGCAGAGUUUUCUAUUUGAAAAUGAAGGGAGAUUACUAUCGUUACUUAGCUGAAGUGGCUUCUGGUGAUGACAAGAAAGCCACAGUCAAUCAUUCACAAGAAGCCUACCAAGAAGCGUUUGACAUCAGUAAAAAAGAGAUGCAGCCAACACACCCUAUCCGCCUAGGACUGGCCCUUAAUUUUUCAGUGUUUUACUAUGAAAUUCUCAACUCUCCAGAACAAGCUUGCGCUCUUGCAAAGGCUGCAUUUGAUGAAGCAAUUGCAGAGCUUGAUACACUGAAUGAAGAUUCCUACAAAGACAGCACAUUAAUAAUGCAGUUAUUGCGAGAUAACUUGACAUUGUGGACUUCAGACAACCAGGGGGAAGAAGCUGAUGCUGGCGAGGGAGGAGAGAAUUAAACUUCCACCGCCUUGUUCUGUCUGCCUCAUUCCUGAAUCUUCACCAUCAAGACUAUUUGUAAUCUUUGCUGUCCCACUAGUUUCUAUUUUAGGUCUUUGGAGAGCUUCUGUCACUUUUGUUGGGUCUCUGUGUUUCCCAUGUGGUUUGUGUUUGAUAGGGGAGAAGAGCCAAUUCAUAUUGGGGACUCUUGUACUGUAUGUUUCAGAUGGCCAAUGUAAAUUCAGGGUGUGGAAUUUUUAUACAAGUUUUAAAUGUUUGGUUAGUACUCUUUGUAGCUGUGGUUUCCACAAAGCUAAUGUCAAUUGUUUCCUGUACUAGCAAAGAAGGAUGCCCAUAACUUAGUGUCUGUAUUGGGGAAAUGGCAGAUUCAGUACGAGUCGUGCAAUUUCUAGAGAGUUGCUAAUAUGUAGAUCAAAACCUGCACCAUCUAUUACGUGUCUCAGGAUUUUUGGGAUAGGGCAGAGGAGGAUUAACAUUCCAUGAGUUGCAAUAUUCAUCAUUGCUCAUGUCUUCAUUUUGCUACACAUGACAUCUGAACAUUUUAUUUGUAUUUAAAAGAAAUUAUUGUCAACGUAAGAACAAAUGUACAAGCAAACAUGCAGUAAAAAUGAACGCUUACCUUUGAUAAUGUAUGUUUUAAGAGGUAAAGACCUUCCCAUGUGUUUAUCUGGUAACUUCCUUUUUUAGUUUUUGCUUUGUGGUCUUGAUUGCCUAACACGCAUGUGGCUGUGAAAUAGUUAACAGGGAAGUAAUGAGAUAUAUUGCUGUAUGGCUAGCUGCAUUCAUGUCUUCUGGACUUUUCAUAAGAACACAAGCAUAACUGUUAUCAAGAAAAUGUGUAAAGUUGAUGUAAGUGGAAUAAAAUGUUUUAUGAAUGGA